AUGUUCAUAUCUUCGUCAGUCUGUUCACUCUCUCUCUAUCUCUAUCUCUCUCUCUCUCUCUCUAUCUAUCUAUCUAUCUAUGCUCAUUAUCCAUGUUCAUAUCUUCUUAUCUAUUUACCUACUAACCUACCUACCUAUUCAAAUCUAUCUAUCUAUCUAUCUAUCUAUCUAUCUAUCUAUCUACUCCUCAUUCCGCUCACUCCUCUCUAUUCCGAUCUCUCUCUCUCUCUCUCUCUCUCUAUCUAUCUAUCUAUCUAUCUAUCUAUCUAUCUAUCUAUCUAUCUAUCUAUCUAUCUAUCGUCACUAUUCUCUAUUCAUGUCUAUCUAUCUAUCUAUCUAUCUAUCUAUCUAUCUAUCUAUCUAUCUAUCUAUCUAUCAGAAACACGGCCUGAAUUAAUUUACUUUCUAUUCACUACCUAUCUAUCUAUCUAUCUAUCUAUCUAUCUAUCUAUCUAUCUAUCUAUCUAUCUACCUUCAUAUCGUUGUCAGUUUGUUCAUUAUCUAUUUUCAUAUCUUCGUCAAAUUAUCUAUCUAUCUAUCUAUCUAUCUAUCUAUCUAUCUAUCUAUCUAUCUAUCUAUCUAUCUAUCUAUCUUCAUAUAAGUCUUAGUAUGUCUAUUAUCUAUGUUAAUAUCCUCCUUAGUCUGUUCAUUAUCUAUCUAUCUAUCUAUCUAUCUAUCUAUCUAUCUAUCUAUCUAUCUAUCUAUCUAUCUAUCUACCUUCAUAUCGUUGUCAGUUUGUUCAUUAUCUAUUUUCAUAUCUUCGUCAUCUUUUCAUUAUCUAUCUAUCUAUCUAUCUAUCUAUCUAUCUUCAUAUGUCUAUGUCUAUUAUCUAUGUUAAUAUCCUCCUUAGUCGGUUCAUUAUCUCUAUAUCUAUCUAUCUAUCUAUCUAUCUAUCUAUCUAUCUACCUUCAUAUCGUUGUCAGUUUGUUCAUUAUCUAUUUUCAUAUCUUCUCUGUUCAUUAUCUAUCUAUCUAUCUAUCUAUCUAUCUAUCUAUCUAUCUAUCUAUCUAUCUGCCUGUUUCCAACCUGGGAGAUAUUAAAGCUUUUACCUUUUUUAUAAGCAUCAGUUCGCUGCUUUCAUUUUCUUUAACGAUGUACCUGGGAUCACAAGUGACAGCCAUUGAGAAACACUUCAAUUUCAACAGUGGCCAAAGCGGAAUCCUUCUUGGCAGCAACGAUAUUGGUUUUCUGGUGUCUGUUCUCAUCUUCAGUUAUGCUCUCAAGAAUAGCCACACACCCCGUGUGUUAGGGAUCAGCUCUGCCAUGUAUGGAUUGGCGGGUAUCGUGUGUUCUAUUCCUUAUUUUUUUUACCCGGUCCCUUUUAUCAGCAAAAAUCAAACAGACACUAAAUCAGAAAUAAUAGAAUCUCUUUGUGAGGUGGGAAGUGUACACCCAAACGAGACAGUUGUCUGCGAGAAGAUUGGCAGCAAAUAUCAGUCCCACAUCGGGGCGUUCGCGGUGAUCCUAUUUGGGAUGAUUCUACAGGGUCUUGCAAAAGCACCUCGUUCUCCAUUACAGGGGUCCUACAUUGAUGACAACGUCAAAAAGACCAAAACAGGAGCCUACAUGGGUCAGUUUAUGCACCAUCAUCAAAACAACCUCCAUCAACAAUAUCGCUUUCUUAAUAGUCUUGUUACUCGUAGGGACUCCACAAUUAUUAACAUAGUUUAG